AUGAAGAAUCUUGAGGUCAUUGCCAUAACCUUCAUCGGUCAGAUACUGCAACAAGCACUAGCCACGGACUGGUACUUUUUGGAAUACAACCCAGCGAGUGGAGAGAACUUCACAUCUUUCUCUGGUGAUAUGGCAGCACCAACGCUUCCAUCCGCUGCCACGUAUUACCUUUGGCCGGGCCUACAACCUACAGAUAAUUCCGGCGUAUAUCAAAAUGUCCUAGACGGAAGAUCAGGCACAUGGUGGUUUGGAAGUGGAUGGUGCUGUUCAGAUCCCACUUUAGCUUGGGGUGGCGGGUUUAAUGUUGCUGAUGGUGCUACUGUCACUUUCAGUAAUGUCCAGCAGAGCAAUGGAAGCUGGACCAGCACCAUUACUGAUCCAACAACCGGUGAUAGUGCUACUAACAAUUUUGCUCUGGAGGGGAAGGAUUUCAACCAAGCUAUCUUUGCAAUUGAACUAGAUGGUCCUUCCUGGGAUUUUGGGACUCUAGCUUAUAGCAAUGUGGUGAUUACCUCGUCCGGAACCGAUUCAUCUUGGUGCACCGAUACCCCGACGAACUAUGAUGAUGCCACUGUAUACUCUAUUAGUGGUGUAUCCAGCACUGUAGGUAGCGACGAGGUGACAUGUACUAUUGAGAGCCUUGUUCUGGAAAGCCCAGCUUAG